AUGGACUCUGAUCAAGUAGUACAGGACGGUUCUAAUGAGAAUUAUUAUCUUAUAUCUGACCAGAAGUAUUCUAAAUCUUCACCUACGCCUUUAGAUAACUUGUUGACACUCUAUGGAUUAGAAGAUAUUGCCAAAUCAAUCGCAAGAACUAAUCCGGAUGGGUCUAAAGGUGUGAAGUUGCGUAAAUCUUAUAAGAACCAUAUUCAGGAUCUUCCGGGAAAGCAUUUAAUUCCCGGAAGUAAAGCUGUACCCAUGGCAAUUCUUGACCCAUUAAUAUCACAGACUGCCAGUAUUAUUAAGCCUUUGGACCUGAAACUUCUAAAUGAUGCGUUAAAGUUUGAAAAAACUUCGUUGAAUGGAAUUCCAGGGUUCAAUGCUUCCGAUUUAGCCAUUAAUGAUCAACAGGUUUUGAUGAGAGGUGACGAUAUGUCGGAAACAGAUGAAUAUGGCAACAAAAAGAAUAAACGUAAAAAGAAGACACAACAAGUUGGCGCUAAUAUAAAAAGACAGCAUAUUUAA